AUGCCCCUGCCCCUCAAGUUCUCCCAGCUCACCAUCCUCACCCUCGCCCUCUUCGUCAGCAGCCUCAGCGGUCGCGCCUCCGCCCAGGCGACCGGCAUCGCCGACCUCCCCGACUGUGCCGCGGACUGUGUCAGGACGUCCGCUACGGCUGCGAAUUGUGCCUUGACCGACGUGCCCUGCCUGUGCUCGACAGGCUUCUCGCCCGCCGUACAGCAGUGCGCUAUCCCCGUGUGCGGCUUUGGCGAUCGGAGCACGAUCAGCGGGGUGUUGAGGGAGAUGUGCGAGAGCCAAACCACCACCUCCCAACCGCCCACCACCUCCGCCUCCUCUCCCUCUCCCACACCCACCCCGAACCCGGGACCCGCACCCUCCGCCUCCUCAACAACCACCAUAACCAGCACCACCACGCCCCCUUCCCCCGCCACCACCGGCACCGGCACUACCUCCAGCGCGGGGGGCCCGAGCCCUAGUACGACGUUAGGUAUUGGAGGCGGAGUGGGAGGGGGUGUAAGUGGCAGGAGCUCGACCGCGACGAGCGCGAGUGAGGGUAGUACGACGGUGGUGGUUGCGACUGUUGUGCUGCCGCAGACGUCCGCGCUGGGCGGGGCCCUUAACUCGAAUGUUGAUGACGGAAGACUGUACGACUCAACACUAUGGCCAUCACCACUCGUAAGGCCGGAAUACCCUGACGGACGUCGAAGCUGUUCGGUGUUCCUCGACCUCAGCUCGCGCUCUCUCUACCCCCACCCCCCACCCCUUCAGCCGCCCACGUUCAUCGUCGCCCUCACCCUCACUUGUAUUCGCGCCGUCGCCGACAUACCUCCACUGCACGUCCUAGUCUGCAUUCUACCCACGCCCCCCCUCGUCGUCGUCGUCGUUGACAUCGACAUCGACCACUCAAAAUCCGUACCCCAUCCCUUUCGCUCUUCGCUCUUCACGCUUCGUUUUCUUCUUCCACCACCUCUUGGGCUCUCGUCGUUCAUCGUUUACCUUCCCGCCUCCAUCCCACCUACCUACCCGUACUAA